CGCCCGCAUCAAACUUCCUAUCACGCAAUGACGGCUCUUUGUCUUCGCAACAUCUUCGUUGUAUUGAACUUGUUCGCCCUUCACGCCAGGUCUGCAAGCCUAAAUAUUUCAGGAGAGGCAGUUACAACAAGAUUCUGGGACUGCUGCAAACCUUCCUGCGCCUGGAAAGAGAAAGCUGCAUUCGACCGACCUGUGCUGUCAUGUAGCAGCGACGACAAACCUACGACCAUCGACGUCGGUACCGGAUGCAAUGGUGGCUCUGCAUACCUCUGUUCUGAUCAACAGCCUUGGAGUGUCAACGACACUUUCUCCUAUGGAUUCGCAGGCGUCUACAUCUUGCCGAGUCUCACUGGUGGAAAGAUUGAAGACGCGUGGUGCUGCGCCUGCUACCAGCUGGACUUCACCAGCGAUCCGCUCAAAGGGAAAACCAUGAUUGUCCAGGCCUCGAACACUGCCUACGACAUCAAUACCGCCAACCGGUUUUCCUUGGCGAUACCUGGUGGCAACACAACCUCACAUGACGCCUGCGCCCGUCAGUACGGUGUGGAUCAAACUGUUUUCGGUACCGAAAACACUGGGAUCACGUCCAAGGAUGAUUGUCAAAAGCUACCCGAAGCUUUGCAGGAUGGUUGCAAGUGGCGCUUCGACUGGUACGAGGACCAGGCGUUUCCUACCGCAAAUUUCAAACGCGUCCCUUGCCCAACCGAGCUCACCUCCAGAACCCAGUGCACUCGUACCGACGAGAAGCAACUUAUCUCGGGUGACACCUCAUCAGCGACAGUUCUCUUCCCCUCGUUCAAGGUCCUCUCGCUAGUCAUCAUCGCCGGCAUGUUCUUAGUAUGAGCAUUCCCAUGAUACUCCCACUUCCACUUGGCCUUUCACUAUUGACAUCACCCUGACCCUCUUUCGCCCAACCCAGAUCAGGCGACGCCUCGAGGUCCGGUUUAUUCCAUGCAUGGAUAAACUUCAUCACGACAACCGCGGAAUGCCGGCCAGGGCACUCACCAAUAGAUGCACCAUUGUUACACAGAGACUG